GUAAUGGGGUUAAUAAUGUUUGAAGAUCUCAUAAAACUCUUUCCUUUUAAGGCCAUUGGCUACCUCACCGGCAAGCCGGGCGUCUGCCUGGUGGUAUCCGGUCCGGGACUGCUGCACGUUACCGGUGGCAUGGCCAACGCCCAGGUCAACUGCUGGCCGCUGCUCGUCAUCGGUGGAUCGACCUUCCAGGACCACGAGGGAAUCGGUGGAUUCCAGGAGUGCCCCCAGGUUGAGCUGAGUCGUCCCUACUGCAAGUACUCUGCCCGACCUGCUGGGGUGACGCUGAUUCCGCAGCACGUUGAGAAAGCCGUCCGACUGGCUUGUUACGGACGACCGGGAGCGGCUUAUCUGGAUUUCCCUGGUAAUUUGCUGCUAGCUCGCGUCCCAGAGGAAAAGGUUCCAAAGCAGUACGCCCAUCCGGAACCGCCGAUUGCGUUCCCGAGCGAGAAGUGUGUCCGCCAGGCGGCGCACCUGUUGGCGAAUGCAAAGCGGCCGUUGAUCAUCAUUGGGAAAGGAGCGGCUUACGCCAGGGCGGAGCUCCAUCUGCGUCAGUUGGUGCACCAGACGAACUUGCCAUUCCUGCCAACGCCGAUGGGAAAGGGAGUAGUGCCUGAUUUGGAUCCGCAGUGUGUGGCUCCGGCUCGGACUUUGGCUUUGCAGAAGGCGGAUUGUAUUCUGCUGCUGGGAGCUCGCUUGAACUGGAUGCUCCACUUUGGACGAGCUCCGCGGUACAGCGAAGGAGUUAAGAUCAUCCAGGUUGAUCUGAAUCCGGAGGAGCUGCACAACAGUGUGCUGAGCUCGGUCGCUGUUCAGUCGGACAUUGUUCCGUUUACGGAACAGCUGAUUGAUGAACUGGCCAAUAUGCAUUUCACGUUUGAUAACAAGAACGACUGGUGGGUCGAUUUGAGAGCCAAGUGCGACAAGAAUCGUAAGAUCGUGGACAAGAUGGCGCAGGACGUGAAGGUACCGUUGAACUACCACGCAGUGUUCCAUCAUCUGCAGGAGUUGAUUCCGAAGGACGCGAUUAUCGUCAGUGAGGGUGCCAACACCAUGGACAUUGGGCGAACCUUCCUGCACAACAAAUGGCCCCGGCAUCGGUUGGACGCUGGAACCUUCGGAACCAUGGGCGUUGGACCUGGAUUUGCCAUUGCUGCUGCGCUGGUCUGCCGUGAUCGAUUCCCGGGAGAGAAGGUCAUCUGCGUCGAGGGUGACUCCGCAUUUGGCUUUUCCGGAAUGGAGAUCGAAACGAUGAUGCGUUACCAGCUGCCGGUUGUGAUCGUGAUCGUCAACAACGGAGGCAUCUACUCUGGCUUCGAUAAGCAAACGUACGAUGACAUGCGAUCCGGUGGUGAUCUGACCCAGGUAACCCCACCAACGGCCCUGGCCGUCGAGACGCACUACGAGGCGAUGAUGGGCAUGUUCGGUGCGACGGGCCACUUUGUGCGCACCAUCCCCGAGCUGCAGAAGGCCGUCAAGGAGGCGCUCGUCCUGACCGAUCGGCCCACCAUCAUCAACGUGAUCAUUAGUCCGCAGGCGGACCGUAAGCCCCAGGACUUCCAGUGGCUGACCGAGUCGAAGCUGUGAGCUGUGGGGAGGAAGGCAAAGUUUUGUUUUUGGGAAAAGAAGAAAAAGUGCGAUGCACUUUGCGUUUAUUACUUACAAGACUAUAGAAAAGCACAUUCAAAUGUUAGUAUUGUCUUAACAGGGGUUGACUGGUGGUUUAGGUUUUGAAAUCAUGUUAAACAUGUUAAAUGAGUAUUUUUAUUCAUC